CGAGCGGUUGUUUCCUUCGGUCUCACGACAUCGCACCGACCACGCGACUCCUUAUAAACUCAUUUGUUUCGACCCUCUCGACCGGCUCUCCCCGUCCUUUCUCCCCCGCCAGUUUCUCCUUCUUGCGGCUCACAAGGCAGAAAAAGGGUAAAGGUCUCUCGGCUUGCUAUCUCUCUCUCUUUCGGCCUUUCUCUUCUUCGUCCGCGGCAGCAGCCUUUCUCUCUCUUCCUCCGCAGCAGCGGCGCAGGGCCGGUUUCUCAACGCCAUCUCCGACCUCUCUCUAUACCUUUCCGGAUUUUCUUGUUCACCCUCAGCCCUCCUCCGCACGCCCCCUUUUGUCCGGUCGAGGCAGGCGUUCACCGCCUUCAUCCUUUUCUCGAGCAGCUGAAGACUGUUUUCUGAUCAUCAGGUCGGCCUCCACCCCUCCACAGAAAACCACCCGUCCUUGUUGCGUUCUGCUGUUCUUGAUCCAAAAGAAACAUCUCUUUCUUUCUCGAUUUGUCUGUGGCGCAUCAGAGUGAUCGGAAAAGCCUUAGAGGGCAACGCCACAAGGCUAUGAGGCCAUCAUCUGACAGCGGCAGCAGCUCCAGGAAUGAUAAAACCCGAGGACAUCAUCACCACCACCACCACCAUCAGCAACAGUCAAAUGGUAGCAAUGCCAGACCGAUGCGCGCCGAAUGGGUCCCCAAGAACACUAACCCUCCUACCCCAGCCGCAGCACCAGCCGUGCCUCCCCCUGCCCAACCCGUUGUGCCCUCUGCAUCCAGGAGUCCAGCCGGCAUCUUGGGCAGGAAACCUCAUCAACAAAGCCAUAACAACCCCCACCAUCACCAUUACCAUCGGAAGGAGCCGAGGCGGCGGCUUCCGGACGAGUCUUUGCCGCAACUGGUGCAGGAGCUGCGGGACAAGCUUGCCAAUGGCGCCGUGGAGUGCAUGAUCUGUUAUGACAAUGUGGGUCGCUCUGCCCCGAUCUGGUCCUGCGGUGCCUGCUUCUGCAUCUUCCAUCUCUCUUGCAUCAAGCAGUGGGCGAAGGCCCCAGUGUCUGCUGCUGAGGGUGGUGGAGCGGCUAGUUGGCGGUGCCCAGGAUGCCAGUCGGUCCAGCAGAUGCUACCAUCCGAGCUUCAGUAUACCUGUUUCUGCGGUAAGUCCCGCAACCCUGCCCAUGAUUUCUAUCUCACUCCGCAUUCCUGUGGGGAGCCCUGCGGCCGCCCACUGGGUGCCCCGCCUUGCGCUCACUCCUGCGUUCUCCAGUGCCAUCCCGGCCCUUGCCCUCCCUGCAAGGCCUUCGCCCCUGCCUGCUCUUGCCCUUGUGGCCGCAAGUCCUUUGUUCGCCGAUGCACUGAGGGGUUUGCGGAGCUUAGUUGUGGCCAGCCAUGCGGACUGCUUCUUGCUUGCGGUCGCCAUCGCUGUAAGCGUGUCUGCCAUGCUGGUGACUGUGGUUCGUGUGAGGCUUCGAUCCCAGCUUCGUGCUUCUGCGAGAAGGUGUCAGAUUUGUCGUUCUCUUGUAAUGAAUUGGAUCAAAACGGCAAGUUCUCUUGCAACUCGGGGUGCGGGAAGCUUCUAGGAUGUGGGAACCAUCGUUGCAAGAAGAAAUGUCAUUCAGGACCCUGUGGUGACUGUGAGCGAGCGCCUUCAUCCAUUCAGAGUUGCCCUUGUGGGAAGAUGAAGCUUACUGGUGAUCGAGCUAGCUGCUUGGAUCCAAUUCCGUGCUGUUCCGAGGGGUGCAGGAGACUUCUUCCUUGUGGGGAACAUCGCUGUCCGGAAAAAUGCCAUGAAGGCGACUGCCCGCGUUGCUUGAUCCUUGUUAGUCAGAGGUGUCGAUGCGGUUCAUCCUCUCGGACAGUCUCGUGUGCUGAGAGGGUGGAGGGAAUGUUCCUAUGCGAAAAGCCAUGUGGGCAAAAGAAGAAUUGCGGCCGCCACCGGUGCAAUGAGAAAUGCUGCACUCUUUCUCGCUCCAGUUCUGAUGGUUUUGGUGGUGGUGAGGAUCCUCAUUUAUGCACCGUGGUCUGCGGGAAGAAACUUCAAUGUGGAAAGCAUUUUUGCACUGCCCUCUGCCACAGUGGCCACUGCCCACCAUGUCUGGAGACCAUUUUCACCGAUCUCAGUUGUGCCUGUGGCAAGACCUACAUUCCCCCGCCUGUUCCAUGUGGUACACCCCCGCCAGAUUGCCAACUUCCAUGCUCAGUUCCUCAGCCUUGUGGACAUACUGCCUCACAUAGCUGCCAUUUUAGCGAUUGUCCACCUUGUGCGGUCCCUGUUGCAAAGGAAUGUGUGGGCAACCAUGUCGUCCUGAGAAAUGUGCCGUGUGGGUCUCGGGACAUUCGGUGCAAUCGGCUGUGCGGGAAAACGAGACAAUGUGGAAUACAUGCCUGCACUAAGAUAUGCCAUCCUCCACCCUGCGAUUCCCUAGACUGCAGCGAGAAUGGUAGCAGAUUAAAGGUUUCUUGUGGGCAAGUUUGUGGUGCACCACGAAGGGACUGCAGACACACUUGUGCUGCAAUUUGCCAUCCAAUGGCAGCCUGCCCAGACAUCCGUUGCGAGUUUCCAGUGAUGAUUACAUGUUCUUGCGAGCGAAUAUCAGCAACAGUCCCUUGUGGUGCUGGUGGCAAUGGAGUUCACGUUUAUGGGGUCUUUGAAGCAUCUGUGAUUCAAAAUCUGCCCGUUCCACUUGUUCCUUUAGAUACAAAUUCAAAGAGAGUGGUGCCACUUGGACAAAGGAAGUUGGUAUGUGAUGAAGAAUGCGCCAAGUUGGAGAGGAAGAAGGUUCUUGCUGAUGCCUUUGAUAUACCGACAAAUCUUGAUGCCCUCCAUUUUGGAGAGAGCAGUUUGGCAGUGUCACAGUUAAUGGCAGAUUUGAUGAGAAGAGAGCCGAAAUGGGUCUUAGCCAUUGAGGAGAGGUUCAAGUAUCUAGUGUUGAGCAAGGGAAAGGGUGGGAAUGCUAGUGGAGUUCGAGUUCAUGUGUUUUGUCCUGUGAACAAGGAGAAGAGGGAUGCUAUUAGGCAGAUUGCUGAGCGGUGGAAGCUUUCUGUGAGUGCUGCAGGGUGGGAACCAAGACGCUUUCUUGUGGUUCAUGUCACAGCUAAGUCGAAGGCACCUUCACGGAUUUUAGGAUGUAAAGGAGUGGCUACUGCCGUGCAUCCUCCUGCCUUCGAUCCAUCGAUAGAUAUGGAUCCUAGGCUUGUUGUUGGCCUGUUUGAUUUGCCAAGGGAUGCAGAUAUAAGUGGAUUGGUCCUGAGAUUUGGUGGAGAAUGUGAGCUUGUCUGGCUGAAUGACAAGAAUGCAUUGGCUGUGUUUGGAGAUCCUGCAAGGUCUGCCACUGCACUCAGACGACUGGACCAUGGAUCAGUUUACCAUGGAGCUGUUGUGAUUUUGCAGAAUGGCGGGUCUUCUGCAGGUUGUUCAAGUGGUAAUGCAUGGAGUACGAAGGAGAAGACUGGUCCUGAUAUCAACAGCGAAUCGUGGAAGAAGAUGGUACAAGGUUCAGCCGGAUGGUUGUCUCAGGAUUCAUGGGGAGGAAAUGAAGCAUCUAUCCCUGCAUGGAAAGGAAAAGAGAAUCCUAUCUUGGCAUCAAACAAUCCCUGGAAUGUUCUUGAAACGGUGGAUACUGUCCCAAGUUCCACAGGUUCACAUGAAUCACAUCAAAUUGCAGGCAACCAUGUGGCGAAGAGCGGUGAUCGAGUUCCUUCUGCAUCAGAACCAGGUGAAGAAGUAGAAGAUUGGGAACAAGCUUAUGAUUGAAGUUCUCCAUGUCUGUGGCUAUGUUAUAGUUGAGUCGUUGAUGUGGGUUUUCCAGUCAUUAGAGUCUUUUGCGGGUUAAGGGGCCAGAAAUGAUCAGUUCAUUUUUGUGGAAUGAUCCUCCAUUCAGGUGGGUAGUUGGUUGUAUUUCCGCCAUUGGUUGUGUGACCACAAUUGAGUUUUUCAUUUUUUUUUCCUUUUUUGUCCAAUUUUUUAGAGGAACUAGAUAUUCAAUUACA